AUGUAUGAUGGAGGGAGAAGGAAAAGGAAAGGGAAGAAAGUUUGGAGGGGAAGGGAAGGAAGGAGGGAGAAAAAUAGUGCUCAGAUCCAAUGCGCCUGUCUGGUCUGGUCCAGUCUGGUCAGUCUGCCACUCUGGUCUGCUGGUCUGGUCUGGUCUGGUUUGGUCUGGUCUGUGUGGUCAACCAGCAACGGACCAGACAUCGACCACUUGAGCAGGCAGUUGAUGUCUGGUCUGGUCGGAUCGGAGACGUCAAGGUGCAAAGCCAAGUUGGUCAAGUCCGGUGGGUUCAAUGCUGCUGGUUGCUGGUUGAUGGUUGCUGCAAUCAUUGAUCCCUGUGCCACAUCUUGGAACAUGUCUAGUGUCUGGUGGUCUGGUUCACGUCGUCAGACAAUUGUCAUGCAUUUGCCGCCAAUAUAUCGGCUGCUAUGA